AUGACAACUUUCGACUUUCCCUCUGUUUUGGUGCCUUUAGUGGGCUUAAUAUUUCCGGCAAUGGCAAUGGCUUCUUUAUUUCUUCAUGUUCAAAAUAAUAAGACUGUUUAG